AUUUAAUCGUUUCUCGGAUAUUUUCUGUUAAUGUAGAGAUGAAAUUUUUCCACAUUCUCCACUUGGGCAGGUAGAAAGUGGAAACCCCAUUCAAUCGUACAUCCACGGAUCCGUGGAGACAAAGGCGUCCAUUGCCCAUACUGUAUGGAAUACGGAUCCCUGCUACUGAAGUUGUUCCACAUUUUCCACAUGGACAGGCUGAAAGUGAAGGCCCCAUUAACAAUCCGUCGGUCAUUCAUAUCCAUUAAGAAUAAAGACAACAGAGAUUGGACUGUAUAAGAACAUCCUCAUGGUUUCAUUGUUCUUCGAUCUGUUCUGAAUGUUCAGCCAUGGCUACUGUAAAACCCUUUUGCCUCUGGUGGAUCCUCUUGAUGGCCAUUUCAUACAUCACCUCCUUGGUGGCAAAACCAGAUGUGUACAUCGUCCACAUGGAUUUAUCAGCCAUGCCCACACCCUUCAGAGAUCACCAUAGCUGGUAUGAAGCUACACUUUCUUCCAUUAAGGAUGGGAUGGCUGGUGUUGCUACCACCACUAAAGCCUCUAACCUCAUCUAUACCUAUAGCAGUGCUAUCCAUGGUUUUGCUGCAAGGUUAUCCCCUUUGGAGCUCGAACUGCUCGAACAAUCACCUGGCUUUGUUUCAUCGACUCGCGACGUGCCUCUUAAGGCCCACACAACCCGCACCCCUGAUUUCCUUGGUCUCAAUCCUAGUUUUGGAGCAUGGCCGGUGUCAAACUAUGGUGAAGAUGUCAUAAUUGGGCUAGUUGACAGUGGAAUUUGGCCAGAGAGUGCAAGCUUUGGAGACGAUGGACUGGCCGAAGUUCCAAAGAGGUGGAAAGGAGAAUGUGUAAGUGGUACAAAUUUCAGUUCUACCUUGUGCAACAGGAAGCUAAUUGGAGCUCGCUUCUACAGUAAAGGUAUAAUGGCUUACAGACCCGACAUAGACUUCUCCAUGAAUUCUGCCCGUGACACAGAAGGACAUGGGACACAUACCUCUUCCAUAGCUGCUGGCAACUAUGUCAAAGGGGCUUCCUACUUUGGAUACGCCAAUGGGACUGCAAGAGGAAUGGCUCCAAAAGCACGGGUAGCCAUGUAUAAGGCUUUGUGGGGAGGUAGUUACGUUGCUUCUGAUGUCAUUGCGGCAAUAGAUCAAGCAAUUGUUGAUGCUGUGGAUGUCCUCUCCUUGUCCUUGGGCAACACAGCUUCUGAUUUCUAUAAUGAACCCAUCGCCAUAGCCUCCUUUGCUGCCAUGGAGAAGGGUAUUUUUGUUGCUGCAUCGGCGGGGAAUGAUGGGCCCUAUGUAUUUACUGUGCACAAUGAUGCUCCGUGGCUGCUUACUGUGGCCUCUGGUUCUCUCGAUCGUGAACUGUUCGGAGUUGUAGCUCUGGGCAAUGGUGUUUCAAUUGCAGGUGCAUCUUUGUCUCACGGAAGCUCUUCGCUAACCCGACUACCCCUCGUCUACAUGGGUGAUUGCUCAGAUACGCAGGAACUGAACAAAGUUGGUCACAAGAUCAUCGUGUGCAAAGGCACGGCUGGCUAUGAUGAUAAGUUUACACCAGAUGACGACAUUGCUCAACAAAUCUACAAUGUUCGUGGAGCAGGGGUAGCUGGAGGUAUCUUCUUAUUAUAUGAAGGCAAUAACUUGGAUCCUUACCUCCAGUUUUCAUUUCCAGCAGUUCUCAUGAAUUACCAACAAGGUGAAGCAAUCCUUAAAUACAUUAAUGGAAGUCAUGACCCAAGAGCAACUCUGAAAUUUCCUAACAUGCGUAUUGGAACAAAGCCAGCACCCAGAGUACCAAUCUACAGCUCCAGAGGGCCGUCUGCAAUCUGCCCCCAUGUUUUAAAGCCAGACCUCAUUGCUCCUGGCUCCUUUGUUCUUGGGUCUUGGGUUCCAACAAGUCCUGUGGUGGACGAAGGAUCAAGACGUCUGUAUAACAACUUCAACAUCGUAUAUGGAACAUCCAUGGCUUGUGCUCAUGCAGCUGGAGUGGCAGCACUUUUGAGAGCUGCCCAUCCCGAAUGGAGCCCUGCGGCCAUUCGGUCUGCCAUGAUGACCACAGCAGAUUCACUGGAUAACACUCUCAAACCCAUCACUGAACUCGUCGACAACGAGGGACCCGCCAGUCCUCUGGCCAUGGGAGCGGGUCAACUGAAUCCUAACAAGGCACUCGACCCUGGACUCGUAUAUGAUGCGAAUGCAGAGGACUAUGUGAGGCUUCUUUGUGCUUUGAAUUACACCAAGAAGGAAAUCAAGAAGAUAACAAGAUCAUCCUCAAAAGCUGACUGUUCAAACCCAUUGUUGGAUCUUAAUUACCCCUCAUUUAUUGCCAUUCUCCAUGAGGAUUCUUCGAUACUGCCUCUGAAUACCAAAGUAGUAAAAGAGUUUAGUAGGACAGUGACAAAUGUUGGAGAAGGAAUGGCCACAUAUGUUGCUAAAUUGGCACCCAUUGAUGGUUUCAAGUUGAAGGUUAAGCCAGAUAGAUUGGUUUUCAAGGAGAAGUACCAGAAGCUAAGCUUCAAGCUCACUUUGAAGGGCCCAAGGGUAGUGGAAAAUGGUGAUGUCCAUGGUUAUUUGAGCUGGGAAGAAGUUGGAGGUAAACAUGUGGUGAGAAGUCCAAUUGUAGCCACAAGUUUCCUAAAUGAUGAUUAAGGGACUAGCCAAAUGGACUCUUUCUUUUGUUUUGUUUUAAUGAUCCUUCUCAUCUAUGUUUGAGCAUCAAAUCUCUUCUACUCCCUUCCCUUGUUUAUUUGUCAUGGGAUAUUGAUGAGGCUCAGGCUGUGUGAAAAUGUUCCCUUGAAAUGAAGUUCUCUCUCGCAA